GUUAUUGAUGUUAUAAAAACAUACAGGAAAAAAGAAUCUAGAUAGCUAGCAUGAUUUAGCAUUAUAUACGAAAUUACAAUGCGAUGAAUAUGAAAUUAAGCAUACUGCUUUGUCAUACACAUUGACUGUCAGACAUAGUGAUCAAUCAAGAUUUUCAACCAGCGGUAUCUCUGAAGCACCCUUCUGUUCUUUGCUUCUCUAUGUAAUCCAAUCAUGUGUUUAAUAAAGCUUACUACAUUUUUGGAUUAGAAAGUAAUUAUGGGGCGUUCUGCACUGGUUCCACAUUGAACUUUUGAUGGCUUGAAUUCAAACUUGAACAUUUUCAUGCAAGUAAUUUUUUACCGCUCAAUUCUUUUAGUAAAAUGUCAAGGGGAAACUGAUGCAAAGGUUUCUAAAGCCAUGGUCAAAAGAAUUAUGCAUGGGCAUAACAUAUCAUACAAAAUUGUCGAAAAGUAUCUUUUCUACUCGUCUACAUGAUUUUCUACGAAAUUUUAUUUCCGUCAAACAUUUAAUAAAACAUCUCAUUUCUUCUCAUCUCAUGCAUGUUCGACAAUUUUUCAAUCGUUUGACCACCCCAUAGAACAUUUGUUUGACUCACGCAAGCGCAGUAAGACAAGUUCGGUAAAAAGCGCAGUAAUAAUUAUAGGAAACGGUGCGGCAACCCUGAACGGCCACAAAUUUUUGACACAAUCUUGAUUCGCUCUGCUAGGUCUAAAAAGAUCGUCCAACGUGCAUUAAACAAUAUUUGUCAAUCAUAUGUGGACAAUGUUUUACAGAUGCUUGAUUCGUUUGACCAGACCUUAAUAUCGAUCAGUUUGGUUUUCCCACUCAUUAGGCAGGUACACAGGAAGGAGGUUUCAACACACUGCUAAAGAGACCGGCUUCCGUGAUAGCCAUUGAUAAUUGUAAGGAUGGGAUGAAUACAGUACGGGUCACAUUGGCAAUGAGAUAGGAUCUGCGAUUAAGACAGGUGGCAUUCAAAUAAGGACGUCAUUAAUAAUUUAGGUCAGUUAAGAACUCACGCCGGGCACAGGUUUUACAAAGCAGAAUUUGUCAUUGACAAGCUACGGUUUUUCAGCCAGUAUCAUUUGCGAAGCAAGUUUUGUCUUGUAGUGUACAUUGCACAUCACUACUACAUCGAAUUUGACUAGACAUCGCGGCAGUAACAGUUCUGGCGUUCAGUGUGCAUUUUAUGCUAGGCAAAAGGAAGCUGCGAUUGUUAUCCGAGGUUGUCUAUCGCAUGAGCAGCGGCUGUAAGCGCAUACUGCUGCAGAUGAUGUUUUCUGAGCAAUGGGCAAUACAAGUAUGAUCUAUGUACAACGGUGAUUUCUGCCCACAAAACAAACUAAUGUGGAUGAUCCAUUCAAAAUCGAGCAGCUAUGGUUUUGGACUAUCCCGUAUUUAAUGCAGCUUUACAACAGGCCACGAGCUCUUUUCACGAGGGUCAAGGGAAAGCUAAGGACAGGGUUAUCAUAAAUGUUGGAGGCAAGCGACAUGAAACUUACAUUAGCACCAUCAGAAAUUUUCCAGAUACAAGGUUGUACUGGAUCGCCGAAACUGCAGCUAAGAUGGUGGAUUUUGAUCCAGAAAGAAACGAAUUUUUCUUUGAUAGACAUCCAGGUUGUUUUGAAAAUAUUUUAAAUUACUGUCGAACUGGGAAAUUACAUUGUCCCAACGAUGUUUGUGGACCCCUGUUUGAGGAAGAGCUCGCAUUUUGGGGCAUUGAUGAGCUGCAAAUGGAGCCUUGCUGUUGGGGAACGUACACACAACACAGAAAUGCACACAAACACCUUCGCAUGUUCGAUAAGUUAAGGACAGAAGGUGGUGAAGAGGAAGAAGAGCCUGACGGCGAGGGAAGAGUAGGCCCAGUUCGUCAUUACGGGCCAAUAGCUACAUUUUGCAGAUACUGGAGACCGAUCGUCUGGUCGACUCUCGAAAGGCCAUAUUCCUCAAAAUAUGCUCAGGUAAUGGCAUUGGUGAAUCUGUUGGUUAUCGUCCUUUCCAUAGCAUCGUUUUGCAUAGAGACUAUGUCAUUUGCCAGGGAUCAAAGAGGAGUUUUCAAGACCCUGGAAUAUUUUUACUGUGCCUUCUUUACAGUGGACUUCAUAAUAAGAAUAUGCUGCUGUCCACACAUCAGCAAAUUCUUUCAGAGCGUGAUGACAUGGAUCGAUCUUGCCUCAAUUGUUCAAUUUUACAUAAAUUUCUUCGCGAAUUCAAACGUACUUGACUUUUUGUUUGUGUUGCGUCUGGUCAGAAUAUUUCGACUAUUUCGAUUCUUUAAGAACCUUAGCGGGAUGCAAGUGAUAGGACAAACCUUGAAAGCAAGUGCCAGGGAGUUAUUUUUACUCGUAUUGAUUGUCUUGAUUCCAAUGGUGAUAUUUUCAACCCUGGCCUAUUUUGCAGAACAGCAACAAGAAUUGAAAACAUUCGACAGCAUUCCUGAAACAUUUUGGUGGGCCAUAAUAACUAUGACAACAGUUGGGUAUGGUGACGUAACUCCAAGAUCAUCUGCAGGCAAAGUUGUUGGUGCACUAUGUGCAUGCUCUGGUGUCCUUAUACUUGCCUUGCCUGUUUCUGUGAUUGGCAGCAAUUUCACCUUAUACUACUCUUACGCCCAAGCUCGUCUUAGACUGCCAAAACGAAAACAGCCUGCCUUGGUCAUGGCAGACAAAGCUCUUGUCAAUGCAAAAAUCGAGCAAAGAGAGCCUGAACAGAGUAUCAAUGGAUCAGAAAUGUCUGACGAUGACAAGAAAACGCCAAGAAUGCGCAGACAAGCAAUUUCAGUCGCUUCUUCGGGGCUUUCUGCCGCAAGCACGCCAAGAUUUGGCAAGAAAUCAGGUAUGGUAUCUAGCGGUCUUAGUGGUCUGGCUGCUGUGAUGGUUGAAAUGACGGUUCCAGGUCAAAGAAGGAUGGCACUAACCCCAACGUCCUGUCCAAUCACGGAUCACAUGGAUCCUAAGAAGGGCGUCUCAAAGUCUGCCUCAACCUUGUCAUCAGAGAUGGCAUCGGGAGAAAUCCCGAAAGAAUCGCCUAUGCAGGAAAGAAAGAAGAAGAAAAAAGGUUACUUUGACUACAGAAAGUCAUGGAGAAAAAGCAUGACAGAUCAACCAAUACAUGAUAAAAACAAGAGUGACCAGUCCUGCUUUAGGCUGGCGUCCAGUCCGAACCUUAGUACUCUUGAAGAUCGUGCAGCAAGUGACGUCAUGCGCACGCGACUCGCGCCGGUAGAUGCGAUUGUGCCCGUCGAUAUAGAUGGAACAAUUGACGGGGCAAAUCUUUUCUCCAAUUAUGAUAAGGCAAUGCAGUCUUCCGAUCAAGAGAGCUUGAACUCAGUAGAGAAAUUAGACUUAGAUAAUAAACAGAAGUCGAAGAGAAGAAGCAAAGAAAAACUGAAGGAAAAAAUGAGCUUAAGUGAUCGUAAUAUUCCGUCAAUGAUCAGGAAUGGGAGCAUUACGAGUCCUUUCUUAAAGAGAAUCGUCGGUAUUGGCAAAUCGAAAAGCAAUAAAGUGCUAGAAAGAACAAGCAGCAUAGACCAUGAUCGACUUCUCAAAGCAUACGAUGCUGAAAAUCCACAGUCUGCAACUUUCCUGCCACGACAGGACUCGGCAAUCAAUAUUCUCAUCACAGAUGUCGAUUCUGACCAAGAAAUUAACAAAAACGGUACGAUAGAUGACAAAUUUCUAUCAAACGGACGAAAUAAGCGACAGAGAGUGCGUCGGUCAAUAUCCUUACUUCAAAGCCCCUUUCACGAGAGCGCACAAUGAUGAAUGCAGUUCUUAAUUCUACCUGAGGGUGCCUUAUGCCCACUCGUAGUUUUCACGAAGCAAAAGUAUUUAUCCCGUACUGUCUUUAGCCGCAAUAGAAUUCGCAGCAUUAAAGAUCUAAUUUGAUCAGCCAAGAAGCUUGGAGUAAACUUGAAAUUUAUUGAAAAUGGCAAAGUACUUGCUUCGAACGGGAUGUAGGAAACUCUGGGAGAGACCAAGCAAGGUCGGUAGGAAAAUGUCGUGGUGAUUGUAGAAAAAAGUCAAUUGCACAGUUUUCUGUCUAAAUGACAAUAACAAUUAGAAACCGUGUCCAUUUGUUGCAACAUUAUGCAGUCGUCAACAAUAAUCUUUGUGUACCAAUUUCCAACAAAAUGAGGACGAUGGGAAGGACCUCUUUUAAAUGAAUCCAACGAAGAGAUUCGUUGACCUAAAUAACUAACUCUACUUAAUGUCGUCUUGGACGACAAAUACUCCUUAAACGCUUAUGCUCUUGAUUUUACAGCAUGUAGUCCCUGUGUAUUAUUUUCGGGGACCUGGGGAUAUUUUGCUAUAAUAAAUUGCCAAGUGAGGAAGUCAUGAUUUCAAAGACUUGAUGUUGACAGAAAAUCUUGAAAUGUAUGCUGAAAAUUAUCCUUACACGUUUUUUACAACUCUAUACGACUGAGUUUUCCUUUUAUGUUCUUGGUGUUCGACAUAAAUGUGUUGGCUAACGUUAUCAAAGAAGGCUUGGCAGAAAUAUCGUUUUAACGUUCUUAAGAUUAUGUAGAACUUUUGAUUCGACACAGAACACAAUGUUGUUACCGUAGGACAAUAUGUUAUCUGAAAAUUUAGAGCAACUGUUCAGCAUUAGGGAACGAAUUGCAACACGAACUUCCUAUUUCUAAUGAUAAGUAUUGAAAUUAAUACAUGUGCAUGUUCUAGUUCAUAUUUAAGUCUAAGAUGAAUACACAUAAUCAGCCAAAAUUCGAAUUAAAACAAAUUUAAACUCUUAAAGCACGGAAAGUGAUAAAUGCACAAUUUUUAGGUGAAGUUUAACAGUUCGAGCUAGAAGGCAUUUAAAGUCUACUAAUUUCAAGUCAAUUAACGAAGUUGCGUGAUAUGUUGGUCGUCUUUUAAACAAUCAUCCUACAUUAAGUCAUUCCAAUGGUAUUGAAACAAUUUAAAGAUGUAAAACCAUAUUCUGAAUUAUUUCUGGGUAAGAAACCUGCAAUUAGGUUUUCCAGAGUGUUCCGCAAAACUUUAAAACUAUAGUAUUUAUUUAUACGCUUUGUAUUCAUGUCAGUUAAGUUGGAAUCGCUUUUAAAUGCUAUUGAUAAUUUCUGUCAAAAUGUAUACUUUAAAUUAGAGAAAUAAUAUUUUUAGCAGCUUUGACUUAAUUUGUGAAACAGAGAGAGCGUGCCAUCUGUGACUAAAGCAAAAAACCUUUGAAGAUAACUUCGACUUCAAAAUUGCGUAAGAACUAUUAGUGACCAACUUUUCCACCUCAAGCGAUGCAGAUGUUUAAGGAAUAUUAUUAAAGUUAUAAACAUCAAAAACCACAUUACAAAGCCUUUUUGCAUACACUAAUUUGCUCGACUAAGGUUUUUGUAAGGGUUUUUUGAUGAAACUCUUCACUCAGGCAGCAGCUCACAAACCAGGAUACUGAAUCUUUGCUUAUGAAACUUUGAAAAACCUUUUGCAUUUGUAUCAUGUGCAAAAAUUUCUGUACAAAUCAUAAUCACAUUCGAGGGCUAACUAUUCACUUUAUGCUGUCCUUUUUUUGAAUCUGUGUUUUAUGUUCAAGCUCGUGAAAUUUGUGUAAUGGGAUAUAAUGAACAAAUCAUGGCAUUACAAACCUAAUGUCUUAGCUCUUAGCAGCAAGCAACUAGCAAGAAGUAGCAAAACAACGUCAUAAACAUACGCGAACAUUCUACCAAUGCCAAAAUAUCAUUGAAAAAUAUCAGACCGUUACGGACUGUGUAUUCCUUGGCUGAUUUGACCACUGAACAAGCUGCAUCACAGGCUGCCUUUACACGGGGCCGUCCAAAUAUUUGGUCGGCCAAAAAUCUUACCUUCUUUUAAAGCUGGUGUAAUAUGCGUUUUGGUACCCUAUGCAAAAGUGUAACAUUGUGAAACGUAAUCAUGUGAUUUCAUCGUAGUGCGAUCUUAUUUAUUUCUACCCAGCACCCGAAGGUAGUUUUUAAGGACACUAGGAAGCUUAAGCUUGUGGUCCUUCCUCUCGUUGUCACCACACCUCGUGGUUCCUACGCCAGGAAUUACAGAGAGCUGGCAACUCUCCACACUCUGGUUGAAAGUUUGGUCAUGCCAGGAACUCGAACCACGGGUCUGUAGCCAGCGCCAUUCGUUCGUGUACCUGGACCGCUUUGGAUGCUAAAUUCCACCAUACGUUUUGGUACCCUAAUGCUUAAGUGCUUGGGUACAUUUUUGCAUAACCAAAUUUGCCAUGCAUUUCUGUACCCAGACCGACAAUAUCAAAAAAAUUAAAUAAGUAAAUUGAAAUAUCAAAAUCAUUGCAGGUUUAUUGGGAAAUGAUAAAGGUUCGUGCAAAAAAUAUACUUACAAAACCUUCUCAUACUGAUUUUCUGAUACAUUCACAAUGGCACAGUUACAGUUAGGGAGAGCGUUUUCGAAUCAGGAUUUUGUGGCUCAACUUUUGGCGAAAUCGUUCGGGGCAAGAUCGGCAAUCGAACAAAAGAAUAUUGCAGGGCAGGAAAAGCCCAUGCCUAAACUGGAGUUAAAAACACAGGGGAGAGUUUUCGAGGACGACUGGUAUGAAAAAAACAAUGGCUGUGUGGUAGUGAAGGUAGGUCUGCUUUAUUUUGCUGGCCUUUUUUGAUAUUUAAGUCUAAUGUAUCACGAAGCUGGACUGAGAAGGGGUACACCAACAUGCGUCCAUUCUUAAGUGACUGUGUGAAACAUGAAAAUUCCAAGGCACAUUGAGACGCAAAUAAAACAUGGAGAUUGUUUACUGUCAACGAUGGUAUUGAUGUUCAGGCGUCCAGGUUAAGAAGGCUAGAGGUAGAAAGACACAACGAGACGGUGAGACAAAAUAGAGGAAUUUUGAAAAUAAUUAGUGGAGCUGCUCUGUUUGUAGGUAAGCAGGAACUAUCCUUUUGUGGUCAUGAUGAAUCAAGUGGUAGUCACAAUAAAGAAAAUUACAGAGAGCUUCUUCAAGUUUUUGCAAAAUUUGAUUCUGUUUUUGAGCGUAGGCUUUAUGAAAGACUUUAGGAAAAUGAAAGAGGAUCGAGUACUGGCGGUGUUUUUACUGGUGUUUCUGCAGAUAUUCAGAACGAUCUGAUUGAAUGUAUAGACUCAAUAAUUCAAGACCAGAUUGACAAAGAAGUUGAAAAUUUCACAUUUAUUAGCCUCCAAUUGGAUGAAACAACGAAUGUUUCUACAAAAUAGCAACUGAGUGCAAUAAUUAGGCUAGAUAGUGAUUGUUAUUAUUGAAAGGUUCUUCAAACUCCAUGAUGUAAGCAUAGAUAGAUGAGCUCCUCCUAUUCUACAAAUUGUUAAGAAGGUGUUAGGCAGAUAUGGUGAAUCUUCGAAAGAAAAGUUGAUCAUGCAAACUUAUGAUGGUGCAGCUGUCAUGGCUGGACAUAUUGCAGUUGUUCAGGCACUUGUCAGAGCUGAACUUCCCUUUGCAUACUUCUUACACUUUGCUGCCCAUAGAUUAAAUCUUGUUCUCUGCCAGUCGAUGUCAUUAAUUUCUCCAGUCAAGAAAAAAUGUCAGCUCAUUAAGCUCUUUCACCAGCAUGAGUUGUAAAAGAAAAUGAUUUUUUUUAGGUCCUAUGGUGUUGAAACCCCAGAGCAAGGGGAUAUUAUACCCAGUUGUGGGUCGGAAUCGGCCAAUCAGAAACGCGAGCACAUGACUGUUGGGGUUGCCUAAUCAGUGCCGCUUGCCUAUUGAGAAUGUUACCAAUGGAGUCCUAAGGUGAAAACGAACUCCUUUUGUCUACACAAAAGCGGUGCAAAUAAGUUUAGAUGCAAAUUACGGGUAAAGAAGAUAAGCUUGUAUAAAAUCUUGACACGGCAAAUGCUGAUUUAAAAGAAUUAUAGAAAAUGAGUAUGUUUUUUAUUCAUAGCUUCUCGCUGAAAGCUUUUAGUUCUAAAGAUUUUAACGUGGUCUCACUUUUCUUAUCCAUUACUUUAUGUCCUUGCCAUGAAACGACAAAAUUUAAAAAGGUCACUGGUGCCAGAUUUGCAAAAAAUAGCAUAUAAAAAUAGGGAGAAAUUAUCCUUAUGUUGUGAAUAAUGAGAUAUCGCAAUAAUAGUAGGUACAAAUUCCCACCUUGUCCUCAAUACAUAUAUCAUAUACAAUGCUUAAAUUAAGCAAAGCUGGUACAACUUAUAGUUUCACAACGGUCACUGUAUUUGGCUUCUAUCAAAACUGAGUUCUUAAUUAAAUAACAUGGAAUGGCUUACUUAGAGAUAUAAUAUAGCCAUUGAAAGCUAUUUGCCUACUUGGCAACAAGAUGAUCUAUCCUGCUGUUGUGGUGCAUAUAACGUACAAUAAUCAUAGGUAACAUAAAGAGUUCUUAAGUGUGAUGUCAUAAAAAUAUAUUGUAGAAUUUCUGAAUUUGACCAUAUUAUCUAAAAAAGGACUGCGAAGUACUUGUGUCAAAAAAUCGGGUGAGUUAUGGCCAAUGAAAGAUCUGAAGCUUGAAUCUUGUUAAAGGACUAUUGUAACUAAAUAUUGAACAGAAACCAAAUUACAAGGGUUUCGUGGGAAAAAGCUUGUUCCCCUUCGGCCAUACCUUAACUAACUCAAAAUACAUUUAAAUUUUGCCCCUUAAAAGUUAUUUUAUGAUGCUCUUUAAAGUUAUGGAAUCCAAAAUUAAAAAUGGCUGAAAAUAAAUUUUUUGACGCCAUCACUUAAGAUCUCUAUUUCAUUGCUAGCAGUGCAGCUAGUAACUAGUUUAA